AUGGCUUCCGAAGAACCAGGAUGUCACAAAAAUGGACGGCCGAGAACCACUCGUGUUCUUGUUUUAAACACAGGAGGGACGAUAGGAAUGAAGAAGACAGAGUCAGGCUAUCAGCCUAAGCUAGGGUUCCUUCAAGAACAGAUCAAACGUCUGCCGAUGCUUUUUGAUCAAGAGUACGUCAACGACGUAGUAGACGCCAAGUCCAAUGAUGAUCUUGCUGCUGAAGCUUCCGAGGAACCAGAGACAAAAUCUGAAUUCACAGAUGAAAAGCUCGAGGAAAUACCAAUGCCGGUCUCUAUCCAUGGUGUCCGUAUACUGUACUAUAUCAAAGAUUAUGACCCAAUCAAGGACUCUUCAAAUUUGACCAUUGAAGACUGGGUAACAAUAGCACUGGAUAUCAAAAAAUACUACAAGGACUAUAAUGGCAUUAUUGUUAUACACGGUACAGACACCAUGUCAUACACGGCAUCUGCUUUGUCAUUUAUGUUGGAAAAUCUUGGCAAGACAGUUAUACUCACUGGUUCACAGGUUCCGAUUUAUGAACAGAGAAAUGAUGGCCGAGAUAAUCUCCUGGGAGCUUUAAUGUUUGCUGGACACUAUAUAAUACCAGAGGUGUGUAUCUACUUCAAUGGUCGCCUUUACAGGGGAAACAGAACUACUAAAGUCAAUGCUGGUAGUUUUAAUGCAUUUGACUCUCCAAACCUCCCACCUUUGGCUACAAUGAAAGUCAAAAUCGAUGUAUUAUGGGAUGCUAUAUUCAGAUGUAACAACAACAAGGCGCUGUGUGUUCAUACUCAUAUGAACCCUAAUGUUGGAUUGUUAAGGCUAUUUCCUGGAAUCACUGUCGCCACUGUUAAAGCAUUUCUUCAAGAGCCUAUGCAGGGUGUCGUCCUUCAAACUUACGGUUCUGGAAAUGCACCCAAUAAUCGUGAUGAUAUCAUCAGUGAAUUCAAGAAAGCUACAGAGAGAGGUGUUAUUAUCGUCAACUGUACUCAAUGCAUUCGUGGAGUUGUAGURGAUGACUACGCUACUGGCCGGAAUCUCCUUGAUGCUGGUGUGAUUCCUGGGUCAGACAUGACACCAGAAGCAGCUUUGACCAAGCUUUCGUACAUAUUAAGUCACAAGAAACUGACAGACAAAGAAAAAAGAGAGCUUAUAAAGCAAAAUUUGCGUGGCGAGCUGACAGUAGCACAAUCUCAAGAACAGUUUUCACUCGUUGACAGCGAGUUCAUAGAAGCAGUCGCCUUGUCAUUGCACGUUGGCUCAAGUGAGGAAAUGAAAUACAUCAGACGAGCUCUUCUCCCUGUGUUAAUGUGUUCGGCGGCCAGCUCAGGCAGUGUAUCCACAUUAGAAAAGCUAUUGCAACAGGGAGCGGAUCCCAAUGGCUCCGUCAAUUACGAUGGUAGAAGACCUCUCCACAUCUCUUGUAUGAGCGGUAACAUGGAAGUCACGGAGUACUUGCUAUCCCAGGGUGCAUCGGUCCAUGCUCGUGACAUGUUUAACCGUACCCCAUUGGACGACGCGAUCAAAUUCCGAAAGAAAGCCAUCGUAAAUCGAUUGGUUCAGGCUGGUGCUAUUCUCAAUAAGAAAUCCACGGAAAUUGCCGGCGAGAUUUGUUCACUCGCGGCAAAGAACAGAGUUGAUGAUUUGGGUAUUUGGACUUUGGCAGGCGCAGAUUUGAAUGUGUGUGACUAUGACGGAAGAACGCCUUUACACAUUGCUGUAUGCAGAAACAACAUCGAGACAAUCAAAUUUCUGCUGGACAAUGGUGUCGAUGUAUCAAUCAGGGACAUUUUUGAUAACACAGCACUUGACAACGCCAAGAGCCAGGACCUGGAGAAUGUUGUUAAGCUUUUUAAUGAUUACAUUGGUAUGCGGGUGGUUAGACCAAGUGCUUGAAUUAUUGUCAGAAUUGUGGUUUUAAACCAUGUGGGAUAGUAAAAGAUAUGAGCAUGCGCGGUGGGCUCUAUAAUUUGUCUUGGUAGGCUUAUAUGCCAUGUGGGAUAGCACUAACAAACAUUGCUUGGAGAGCAUGUGUACUAAGCUAGAUAAUAUUAGGAAUGAUUAUGAUCUCGUUCUAGCCCUUACGCCUAAGAGAGUUCAGUCAGAUAGGAAUGAAUAAACAAUGUUUAGUAAAAUCCAUGAAAUGGUAAAUUAAUAGACAUACAGUGCAAACACUAAAAUCCAUGAAAAAGUAUCUAAAAGUAAUACUCAAAUAGUGCUAAGUAUCACAAUGCACAGAUUUUGUAGAUUUGAUAGAAGACGAAGAGAAAAAAAUAAAUGAAAAUAAAUAAAGAAAAGAAAAUAGAAAACGAAGUAAUUGAACGAUUAAAAUACAAAUAAAUUUAGUGCUGUUGAACUACUGAGACUUUUCAUUGUUUCAGUGUUUGCACUGAAUAUUUAAGUAACCGAUUUAACUGAUAUUUAAGUAAUGCCAUAUUAUAUAAUUCAGCCAUAGGCAAAAUUUUCAUAUGUAAAUCUUACUAUGUACGUUUUUGUUUCAUAAGUUAUUUAAUAUUUUAUUCUAUUUUACCCAAUUUUAUAUUAGUAAAGCUUUAAAAGGUUUGUAAAGAAGAUAAUUAUUGCCAAACUAUACUUGUAUAUAAGAAGAAUUGCAUAUUUGUAAUAAAUGGGGUCUAAACACUUAA